CUGUCCUGUCGCUGAUGGGCGACCGCUCGUCUUAAAAGCCCCUGCCGACGCCUUUCCCACGCCCUACCCCUUUUUACUGCGCUGCGCACGCCCACAGCCUGCAGCUAGCUUGCGACGGGUCACAUGACGACGACGCGCCCCGCCGCUACGACCGAGGAGGAGGAGAUGGUCAUGGCCGCCUCUGCAGCGGCCAAUGCCACGCCACCGGACGCAGACGAUCGGGAGCAGCAGAAGAAGGCGCGGGCCAGGAACAAGAAGAAGAAGAAGAAGAAGCGGCGGAGGGCGCCGAGCGAGGAGGAGCUGGCCGCGCUGAGGUCCGUGCUCCUCUGGGCCCGCCGCGGCGAGGCGGGCGACGACGAUGCGGCGGACUGUGGUGGGCACCUGUUGCCGGCGGGAAGGCGGCGGCCGCGCGUGGCGGUGGAACUGCAUGCGCACUCGGCGCGCAGCGACGGCUCGCUCUCGCCCGCGGCGCUCGUGGAGCGCGCGCACCGCAACGGGGUGAAAGUGCUCGCACUGACUGAUCAUGACACCAUGGCGGGUGUUGCGGAGGCGAUGGAGACUGCAAAGGAAUUUUCCAUCAGGAUCAUUCCUGCUGUUGAGAUAAGCGCCGUUUAUUCACCUAGUAAUGGAUCAGGAGCCAAUGAACCUGUUCAUGUUCUUGCAUACUUCGGUAGUUGGGGGCCUGCUAAAUCUCAGGAACUGGAGAAGGUUCUAUCUAGCAUCAGGGAGGGCCGCUAUACACGUGCCAAGGAGAUGCUAUCGAAACUUAGGAGCCUCGGCAUGGCAUUGAACUUUGAAGAUGUGUCUAAUAUAGCAGGGAAUGGAGUGGCUCCAGGGCGGGUCCACGUGGCGCGUGCCAUGGUUGAAGCUGGAUAUGUUGAUAAUCUUAGGCAAGCUUUCAGCAGGUACUUGUACGAUGGAGGGCCCGCUUAUGCUAUUGGUAGUGAGCCAGCUGGGGAAUCUGUUGUGCAGCUAAUAUGUAGAACCGGGGGCAUAGCUGUUUUGGCUCAUCCGUGGGCAUUGAAAAAUCCUGCUCCUGUGAUAAAGGAUUUGAAAGCUGCUGGUCUGCAUGCUAUUGAGGUCUAUCGAAGCGAUGGGAAGCUAUCUGGAUUGAGUGAUCUGGCUGAUACUUAUGAGCUUCUGAAGCUUGGUGGAUCAGAUUACCAUGGAAGAGAUGACAAGGAAGAACCUGAUAUAGGAAGUGUUGAUCUUCCGGUCUUGGCAUUUUUUAGAUUUCUUGAGGCAGCUCAACCAAUUUGGUGCAAUGCUAUCAAGGAAAUUUUUGCAAACACCACUGAAAGAACUGGCUUGAAUGGCCCAAAAGAAUGUCAUCGGACUAGCUCUGUAGAUGAUUUAUGUAAUAUGUGCCUUUCUUCUCCAGAACUGGAGGAAACAGAUGAUUCUGAGGUUGAGGUCCUCCGGACGGAAUUUGCGGACAUUAUCCUCAGCAACAGAAGCUGCAAGACGCUUACUGAACAGCGAGCAGAAAUCACCUCUCUUCUCCACUGACACAGUCUGGUUUGUGCAGUUUUAGACAUUGACUGAGAGGACAUGAUCUGGGCUGGACUUUAAUCUAUUCAUAUUGUGGAAAAAUAGAAAUUGUCCAGUGGGCGUGUGGUAAUGUUUUAUAUGAUCGAUUGACUGUGCAGAAGUAAUAUGGUAAGAUCCAUAAAUUAACCAUCAACCUUUCGGUAUGCCACUUCUCUUAUAGGAUAUGUAGAUUUCUUGUAUCCUUUUGCUUAAUCAGUUAAUACAUUUUACGAAAAUGGCGAAAGCAAAUUCCUUUUUUUUCAGUAUGCCACUUCUCUUGUAGGAUAUGUAUACAAGUCAUGUAAUUUGGUCCUUGUCCUAGUCAAUGAUAUUGGACCUAAGGUUUGGAAUGGGCCAAAUAUGGAGCAGAUAAUAACUACAGUAAAUCUUAUCUCUAUCCAUUUAAAAUUUCAAAACUGACAAGUGGUAAAUACAAGAGCAAAGGACAGCAGUUCCAGCUCUAAAGUUCGUAAAGUUUUGUGUACACUCCCUUUUGAAAAUAGCGGGGUGUUGUAUACAAUGAGAAAAAAUUGAAACCUGUAUUUUAAUUUGCUGCAGUCUUUUUGUUGGCGUAUGCCCCUACCAAGCUGCAUAAACUCCUCUUCCCAUCUAGAAAGUAAUUAAUCAGAUCAUGCAUGUUUGUUCCUUAGAGCGAAUG